GUGGAUUUUGGUUUUUAAAAUGUUUUUUUUCUUGUCUUUAAUAAGGUAUCUUUUUGGUUUUUCAGUUGUGUCUCAAAAAGAGUUUUCUCUGAAGAACUCUACUGGAUUUAUUGAGUCAAUGAACUCCUUGUUGAGGCAACAAGCUUCUACAGCCAACACAGAAGGAAGUUCAUCAUGCUGACUCAGCUGUUUGUUCUCCUUUUAGUUUGUUGUAUCGCAGAGUCAAAGAGAAGAAAUGUUCUGCUGAUUAUCGCUGAUGAUGCAGGUUUCGAAACUGAAGUUUAUAAUAACUCCGUGGUCCACACCCCACACUUGCGCUCUCUGGCCCAGCGCAGCGUCGUGUUCAGCAACGCCUUCACAUCUGUCAGCAGCUGCUCCCCGAGCCGCUCUGCCAUCCUCACCGGCCUGCCGCAGCAUCAAAAUGGCAUGUAUGGGCUUCACCAGGGUGUUCAUAACUUUAACUCAUUUGAGGGAGUUCAAAGUUUGCCGCUGCUUCUCAGUCAGGCUAAUGUACACACAGGUAUAAUCGGUAAGAAGCAUGUCGGUCCUGGAUCUGUUUACCCUUUUGAUUUUGCGUACACAGAGGAAAAUAACUCCGUCCUCCAAGUGGGGAGGAACAUCACCCGGAUCAAACUCCUGGUCAGAAAGUUUUUCCAGACUCAUAAAGAGGAAGCAAGAGAUUUGAGGCGACAUAGAGGAAAGAAAAGAAGCAAGAACGAAGAUGAUGAAAAUGAUGAAAGGCCCUUUUUCCUUUAUGUGGCCUUCCAUGACACCCAUCGAUGCGGCCACUCGCAGCCCCAGUAUGGAGCUUUCUGUGAGAAGUUUGGAAAUGGAGAAAUGGGGAUGGGCAGAAUUCCUGACUGGACACCAGUGUAUUACACACCAGAACAAGUUCAGGUUCCUCCUUUUGUGCCCGACACGCCUGCAUCGCGAGCUGACCUGGCUGCUCAGUACACGACAGUCAGCAGGCUGGAUCAGGGUAUCGGAUUAGUUCUUCAGGAGCUCAGAGACGCCGGCUAUGAGAAUGAUACUCUGAUCAUCUACAGCUCCGAUAAUGGCAUCCCCUUCCCCAAUGGCAGAACCAACCUGUAUCAGUCUGGAACAGCAGAGCCCAUGUUGGUCUCAUCUCCAGAACACAGAGAGAGGUGGGGAGACACCAGCCAGGCCUAUGUCAGCCUUCUGGACAUUACACCGACCAUCCUGGACUGGUUUUCUAUUCCCUACCCAGCUUACAGCCUCCCUGGAAGUCCCACCACUCAGGUCUACCUGACGGGUCGCUCCCUGCUCCCAGCUCUGAGCGCUGAGCCCAGCAGCUGGCACACAGUCUUCUCCAGUCAGUCACUGCACGAGAUAACUAUGUACUACCCAACUCGCUCCGUCCACCAGGGGGCGUAUCACCUUCUGCAAAACCUGCACUACAGGAUGCCAUUCCCCAUCGACCAGGACCUGUAUGUGUCGCCCACCUUUCAGGAUCUGCUGAACCGCACAAGGCUGCAGCAGCCGACACACUGGUUCAAAACCCUGGACCAGUAUUAUUACAGAGAGCGCUGGGAGCUGUUUGACACCAGAACGGACCCACUGGAAACCAAGAACCUGGCAUCAGAUCCGGUCCACAGCUCUGUCCUGGAGAACCUGAAGCAGCUUCUGCAGAAGUGGCAGUGGGAAACUGGAGACCCCUGGGUCUGUGGCCCAGACUAUGUCCUGGAGGACAAACUGGAGCCACACUGCAGACCCCUCUACAAUGGACUCUGAUGGUUCUUUCGCUUAAAAAGUGCUCUAACAGUGAAUGCAUGGAAUUAAAUGUCUAUAUUUUUGUAAAUCUAUGCUGUUAAUGAUGAAUAACUUGAGUUAGUCUGAUUUUAUAAAAACAUGUUUUACCCUGUAAGAUAUAGUCAGACUUUCUAUCAUCACGACUGGCUCAUAAAGCUGCAGCAUAGAAAGCCAACAUGAUUACACACCCUUUAACUGGUUUUAUUGUUCAGCUAAACAGAUUAAGACUGAUCAGCUAAUUACGAGCUGGCAGGCUGAGUGGUUCAUGAUGCGUAGUUAGCCACUGAGGUCCAAUAAUCAAUCUUCAGAAGGGGUUACACUGCUGGUGGUCUUUAAGGCUCAUCUCUACAAAGAAACAUGAAACAUCAUCUACGGCUGAAAGUGCAACAUUACAACCAGUUUCUGUUCAUGAAAAACUUUUUCAGUUUCUAUUGUAUUCAUAGUUUUUAUUUGAUUUGGAUUUGUUUAUAAAUGUGCUUAGAAAUAAAUGUUUCUUGUCUUUACGCGUCACACACCUACCAGAGCAUCAAAAACCGAUCAAUUAGGUCUCUCCCCCCACCACCCCUCUCUCUAUUCCAUAAACUGAUCAUUAUCCGCCCACCUCAGCUCUGAUUUGACAAAAGUCUUGUCACGAUAAACCUCACCCAUUCAGCCUAUAUAAGACCCGGAACGUGUUCCCAGAGUCAAAUAAAAUAAAAAAAA